AUGGACGAGCCUGAUGAUGGCUCUGAUGACGACGCCCUGGACAUACUGGCACCGCGCGCUGCUGGAGUUCCAGUGAGCAGAGAGGAGUUUGAUUCCAUGUCAGCCCUUGUUCGAUCUCUGCAACGGGAAAAUCUGGAGCUGAAGAACCAGGUUGAGACUCUGCGCCAAGUUCCCUCCUCCUCCACCCGCCCCUCGAGCGAUUCAGAGACACCACGCUACCUGACAACACAACAAGCCGUGGGAGCUGCUAUUGCUGUCGCGUACAAGACGAAGCUUGUCAUGGACGACACAUUGGAUAUUAUCUUUUUCUGUUCCCCAAACAACAGAGUCGAUUUUUGGCCGGCGCGGUGCAUUAUCCUGGGCGCCAUGGAGUUGGCGAUGGGUUACACGACGACAGCACAGAAGUGGAACCUGCGGCACGUGUACCGGUUCGACUUAGACAGGCGGGGGUACAUCCGCGACAGGCUCCAGGCUUUCAGGCACGAACUCUUGACAUCUGGCUGGGUCUCGGUGAUCAACUCCUUCAACCUUCGCAUAUCGCGCCCAGACAGGCGCCGGCAGGUGCACGGAAGCAACGCCAUCUCCAAGUUCCUGUCUGUCUUCAAACCAGAGCCACUGCAAGGCACGGCAGCCCCUAACCAGCUCCUCUUCCCCCAUCUCCGUCUCGCCCCUGCCUUACUCUCUGCCUGGCAGAGCCACU